AUGCCUUAUGUACCUAGAUACACUAUCGCAUCUCCUAUAUUCGCCCGACUCUCUAGGAGAGGCCCUUGUUGGACGGCUCGGUCCAUAGCCAUAGGUGUUGGUGAAGCUGCGUUUUGCUCUCUGGCACCAGUAGUGAUCGACGAUGCCUCUCCUGCUGGACGGAAGUCGUCUUAUCUCGGGUUCUUUUUCAUGUCGAUAUACGUUGGAAUUGCUCUUGGUAAUAUAGUGACAUCUGGGGUAACUUCCUGGGCGGGUGGUAAGACCAUCUUCCUUGUUGAGGCAUGUUUGAUGAUACCAGUAAUAGUACUGUGUGUGAGAUGGCAGUGGAGGUUUUCGACGAAUGCUCACCAGUAUACGGAGCUCAAUGCUUCGACUACGAGCCUUAUUGGUGACAUCAAGCAAGUCCUCAUGUCGAGGCCGUUUGUACUCAUUUGCCUCGGAUCUGCUGCCUUCAACUUCGUAGCUGGUGGUCUGGCAGUGCACGGCCCCACGAUACUGCGGGAGUCUCUCCAAGCCAGCCAGGCUGUUGCCACACUGGGGCUGGGCCUUGCUACUGUAUUCACAGGGGUAGUGGGGACGUAUUUUGGCGGUUGGCUCAGUGAUAAAGUAGCUGGAAAGGAUCCAAGUGCAACUACUCGAGCCAGGAGUGGGUCUAAGAUAUCCUCCGUGAUGAGCGCUAUAGGGGCACUAUCGAUUGCUUUGACAGCAACGGCCAAGUCGACCUGGGCCUUCCUUUUUAUGAUGUCAGUCGCUCUGUUGGCAUCAUUUGCGACUACAGCACCGAGCAAUGUUGGGCUAAUGAGCACCGUUCCUGAGGACGUCCGGAGCCAGGGCCUAGCUAUAUCGAUUGGAGUAAGCCACCUUAUUGGCGAUUUCCCCAGUCCAGUGAUUAUUGGUAUGUAUAGUCUUUGUAGUCUCCCUCUAUUAUUAGUCUUCCAGGUGCAAUAGCGGACUGGUCCAAGAGUUGGUCAGUGGCCUUGUUGUUCACAGCGGUGUGGAUGUUGCUUGCGGUGACAUUUUGGUCUUUAGCGUGUCGGCACGUCACCAUGUAUGGAGCGGUUGUCCCUACCGCACCACACGUUACUUAUUAUCUUAGCCAAGCCAGUACUGAGGAUAUUGAUGAGGAGGAGACGGCCUUCGAUCCUGUCAUGGACGUUGUGGAAUGAGAGUGUCAGUGAAUUCGACCGUAAUUGCCACCGUACUUAUGCGUUAUACAUUUCUGC